UCUGUCGAUAAGCUCGAUGCUCGCGCCGACCCCUGGCUUCCCCAUCGCUACUUCCGGCGGUGCGCGAGGCUGGAAGGAGCGGGACGGGUGUCAGCGGCGGUUGGCGGAGGGGGACGGUUGGCCGCUGCCGCCGUGCCCCUUCUCCCCCGCCGGACAGCUUUCAGACAGAGGACGCACAGAAAGAGAAGAGCAGAAAGAAGAUAACAAUAGCACCGAAUGCAGCGAACUAGGAGCCAUGGAUCUGAAAUUCACUUCAUCAAGAAAAUACAUUUCCAUCAGCGUACCUUCCAAAUCUCAAACUAUGUCUCCUCAUAUCAAAUCAGUAGAUGACAUUGUAGUUCUUGGCAUGAAUCUCAGCAAAUUUAACAAACCUACUCAAUUUUUCAUCUGUGUUUCUGGAGUUUUUAUGUUUUAUCUAAUCUAUGGAUAUUUACAGGAAUUGAUAUUUUCAGUGGAAGGUUUUAAGCCUUUUGGUUGGUACCUCACUUUAGUACAAUUUGGAUUUUAUUCCAUUUUUGGACUAAUAGAAUUGCAGUUGAUUCAGGACAAAAGGAGAAGAAUUCCUGGCAAAACGUACAUGAUAAUAGCGUUUUUAACAGUGGGAACUAUGGGUUUGUCAAAUACCUCUUUAGGAUAUCUGAAUUACCCUACUCAAGUCAUCUUCAAGUGCUGUAAGCUGAUUCCAGUUAUGGUAGGCGGGGUUUUUAUACAAGGAAAACGUUACAAUGUCGCAGAUGUUUCUGCUGCCCUGUGUAUGAGUCUUGGAUUAAUAUGGUUUACUUUAGCUGACAGCACAGUUGCACCAAACUUCAACUUGACAGGUGUGGUCCUAAUAUCCCUUGCCCUCUGCGCAGAUGCAGUUAUAGGAAAUGUACAGGAAAAAGCUAUGAAGUUGCACAAUGGUUCUAAUUCAGAAAUGGUUUUGUAUUCCUAUUCAAUAGGUUUUGUGUAUAUUUUAUUUGGAUUAACAUGCACUAGUGGAUUAAGCCCUGCAGUAACAUUUUGCUCAAAGCAUCCAGUUCAGACUUACGGUUAUGCAUUCCUUUUCUCCCUGACUGGAUAUUUUGGCAUAUCCUUUGUUCUAGCAUUGAUUAAAAUCUUUGGUGCCCUUCUGGCUGUAACAGUAACAACAGGAAGAAAAGCAAUGACCAUUGUGCUUUCUUUUUUGUUCUUUGCAAAGCCAUUCACAUUCCAGUACGUGUGGUCAGGCUUACUGGUUGUCCUUGGUAUAUUUCUUAAUGUUUACAGUAAGAAUAUGGAUAAAAUCAAACUGCCUUCACUGCAUGGUCUUUGGAAAAAAAGCGUGGAAGAACGAAAAACAAGGACGUUGUCACAAACUGUAUAGACUGUGGUUUAUGACUUGUCUAGACUAUGACUUACUAUUAUUAUUUUAUUGGAACAGUCUUCAACUGAUUCACUUUCCAAAGGGAACAUUAUUAAAACCAAAGGAGCUGAAGGCAUAUUGUCUGCUUGCAGAUUGCUAGAAAUGCACAUUUUUGUGAGCCCUUUCUUCAGAGCACUUGAAUUUAUCAUAAAAGGUGUUGUAGGCCAUUGUCGGAUGGCAUUACCAAGCAAUGAAGGACAGUGGCUCCUGGCAGACUGCUGAGAAGCUGCACUCCAAGUGGGACACAGUAGAAGACUAAUUUGGGCAUUUUAAUAACAUUGGCCAUGUGGCUGAUCUGAGAUUAGUGGUUCUUUGUUAAUUGUCUAGGUGGGGUAAUUUGAAUGUUAUACUGUAUUAACAUUUAAUGGAGUCUAAUCAGCAACUGGUUGACCAAAUUGCCAUUUUAAAGGUGGCAGGUUUAGAAUAUGGUAUGUUGUCACUCUUUUUCAUUUUAAAUAAAAAUGUUGGGAGUUUUUUAAGUUAUUGAUUAGAUCAUCACAGAACUUGGUAUUUAUUGUAAUAAUUGAAAUUUUUAUGGAAAUCUUACGGUGUUACUCUUUUUGAUUAUUGCUUGCAAGUAACAAAAAUGAGUUUGAGUUUGUGCAGUCAACACAAGUGCUGUUACAAGGGGGGAAUGGGCUUUUUAGAUCUGAACAGAGUGAGAACACAGAAUGGAAAAGCUGUGAUUGAAACUGCAGUGUAAGAAGCUUGCUUAUUCUGUGGUGAAGUACAAAAUUCUUAGUGGCCUGGGGCCUUCCAUGUCAUAGUGGUGUAAAGAGACAUGGAAGUCCUCUAAAUUAGUAUCAUCAAAUCAAAACUCUUCACUUUCAAUAUUGGAGUAAAGAAUAACAGCAUCUGCUAAUGUACUUGGAAUGUGUAUUGUGUCAGUCUUUGUGUGGUCCUGUGAUGAACUUAAGAGGAUUAGGGUAUAGAUUAUAAUUUUCUUUAUUUAGUGACAGGAGGAGACAGUGUACUACCAGUCUGCCUUUUUCAUCAUGAUUUUAGAAAGACUAAGUCCUUUUAUCUCUCUUACUUUCAUAUUCAACUUGCUUUUGAAUCACUUCUGUCUCUUUCGUUUUAUAUAUUUAAUAAUAGCACUUUAAAAAUACUAAUCACCUUACAGUUCAUUGUUAUCAUGUGGCCAUGAUUUUUUUUGUUGUUGUGUUCCUUAGGUGCAUCUUGGUGUGUAUUCUUUCAACUUAGACAAAAGUAAAUUGGAUAAUAGAAUUGUAUAGUCAGGAAGAAUGUACAAAAUACUGAAAUAUCUCACAGGAUUGCCUUCUACCAAAAAUAUUAGUUUAUCAAAGUAUUCAAAAUGUUUUUCAGACAUUUAGGAAGAAUUGCUGUUCCAAGGAGCUUGUAAUCAAAGCACAGACACAAAAUAUGCUUUAAAUUUUGCUUAUUGAGUUGGUAGCCUAGCAUAUGCCAUAUGAAGUAUGUUAUAAAAUAGAACAUGAAAUAAUAUAGCCAUCUCAGCACAAUUGGAUAAAUAGGUGGAGUGGAGACCUGCACUAAUGUAAUUGCAGUGUUUCCAGCACUCAAGCUACUCUGGUGUGUCAGCAAAGCCUUUCAACCUGUAUGCACCCAGUGUUGGCACGUUAGGAGAAUUUAUUGCGUGUGACAGUUUUGUUUUUUAAAUUCCCAGCUGCUGCAUGAUUGAUUGUGUCCUGAAUAAGGUAGAGGGGUGUGAAUUUGACAAAUACACCUUGAAAGAGAAGGAUGGCCUGCCAUGGCUAUCCAUUUCCAUGUUGCAGCCAAAGUUUUGUGAUAAGAUAUGAAAAAGGGUUACAAUUUCAAAUUUGAUGCAAGAGUGCAUUUGACCAAGUCAAGGGUAUUGAUACAUGUUUCUUUCCCUGUGAUAUUUAUGAACUCAUAUUCCCUUGCAUUCUUUUCACUAAAUGAAGUUUCUCUUUCCGGUGAGGUUAAGUUACCUAUCAAGCUUAAAAGAGAGACAGUUUUUGAACCACUGAAAAGUAAGUAAUUACAGAACGUUUACUGCUCUGUUCACUGGCUUGGUAGAACUUGGUAAUUGGCAUUUGAGCAUCGUUUCGACAGUUUCUCAAAAGUGUAAACUCUGUUGCUAAACAUUACUGAACUUCAGGAAACCAAAUUAUGUGACAGCUACCAUACAUGCAGAAGGGCAUAGUAAAUAUAAUUCGGUUGGCAUCUGUUCUAUAUAAACAGAUGAGAAGUCACUCCCAAAGUUUCUGACUAGAAUUCAAAUCUAGGUUGCUGAACUAUUUAUACAGUUUUGUCUCUAUUUUCUCUGUUUGGACAGUGUAGUGUUCGCAAUAAUUUACCUCUUAAUUUAUUCUCUAUUGUAUGCAAAACUGAGUUAAUGGAGCACAUGUAAGGGGACAUUUUGAUUUUAUUUUUUUAUUAAUAUUCUUUUCCUUAUAUAAAUGUAUGUUCUGUUUUACAGGUGUACCUUAAAAAAUGAUUUUUAUAGACAGAUUUGUAGGUUUAGUGUCGAAAGCAUAAAUUUGAGUCAGAUUUUUAUUUUCAUAGGUGUGAGUCUAGUACUUGCUAAUCAACAAUAUGUAGGCAUGUUGGCGAAAGUGCACAUACAAGUGAGAGUAGUUCAUAAUUUCCACCUGUCAUGGUCUGCACAGUUUCAUAGUUCCACUGAGACAUUAAGAAAACCUUCAUUUCAGUGAAUUGCUGUUGGUAGGGGGCUUUUUAAUAAGCUUUAUAGCGCAUGCAAGUAAGACAACCUUCCAAACCUCCAAGCGUUCUCAGUACAAAAUUUUGGUUUAGGAUCUUCUGUACCGUAUAUGUAUGUUGCUUUUGUGUUGUGUAUGAAAGACGAAUAAGGGCUUGUCCACAAAGUAACUGUAAAUCCUUUUAUUUUUCGUGUAAGAGCACCCUUCCUAAUGUUGCUAUGUAGGCUGAUCAUAACAACUUUUGCAUUUUGCACUCAUUGGCUCCUGGACUCUUUGCGGUAGGCAUUAUGAAACUACAGAAACAAACAUUCAUUCUGUCACCAUAGAAUUUAUUAUCUAAAUAUAAUGUGAAUUAGUUGCUUCUUAUUCUUAUGCUAUACACCUUUCUGCUCUCUGCAGAAAAACUGUGAUGUAAGAAUUAGCUGUAAUGGGAUUGAAGUUCACACUAAAAUUUAAGGCUGCCCAAGGUCUCCAUUGAUGUCAGCAAUCUACCUCUGUGACGCGGUCUGUCUCUGGCUCCUUCAGCAGACUGAGGGAGCUCUGUUUUCCUCAAUUAGUGUGCAUUUGCAGUUGCCUUCACAUUACAUUUUUGCACUUAUUUGGCACACUUGAAUACCGAAGUAAUUGUGCAGUGGAUUUCUUCAGUAUUUCAGUACAUCAGUGUCAUCAACUGCUAAUUAUUCCGUUACCUAUAUGUGAAUACAAGUGUGGAAGAACUAAUGCUCUGAACCCCACCUGAGGCUGCAGUGUUUCCUGACACUGGGUUAAACUGUUUUUCUUCAUCUUUUCCCACGCGUUUUGAACUUCCCAAACAUUUUAAGCUAAAACUUAGGCAUACAUCAUUCCUACUUGUCUUCCUUACUUCCUUACUUGUCUGUCUGUCUGCUGGAUGCUAACUCCCUUUUUAACAUGCUCUGUUGAUGCACUAUGGAUUGUUUCAAGUUUCUAUUCCUGCAUUUAAGGGCUUACAUAAUACUGUUACAGACUGAUCACAUUCCAUAUUUUCUGCUUCAUAUCAGUUAUGACUGUCUGGAUGAUUCUUUUAAAUCCUUUUUUUCCCUCUACAAAAGAAAAAAAUCUUUUAUACUUUCUGUUGGUUUUGGAAAGGUCUUGAUGAGUACAUGUAUGAGUUAACUCCUUGACCUCAUUCUGUCUUCCAAGAAAAUCUCUCUUCUCCCUCGCUUGCCUUUGAGAACUAAAGGAAGAGGAAAUAAAUUAUUUCAAGUGCUCUUUUUUUCUUUAAUAAGUGCCUUCCUUACUAACCUGGUUUGUCUUAAUUGUUUCUUUUCUUUCAAAAUGCCUCCCAUGCUCCCAGGCACAAACAAGCCCUUCUCUUAUGUUUGACCACUGCUGCUUCAGUCAUGGAAAAUUUGUGAGUUGUUUACUAUUCUGGAAAGAGGUAUAGAAUUGCAUGUAUACUCUGGAGGGCAGGAAAUAAUAAGUAAACUUCACAAGUUAAGGAAGUAAUUAAAUGGAUUCAUACUUUUUUUUUCUAGAGGGAUUUUAUAUAUGAUUUAGGUAACAGCUCAGAAUGUGUUAGAAGGGUUUUUUUAUAUUUUACCUGUUUAAAAAUCCUUAUAUUAAUUUUAAUAUUUAAUAUAAAACUCCUGACUAUUUAGGCAGUUUAUAGCCAUUAAUUUUAGUCUUGCCUGUGAGGCAGAAAAAUCCUUUCUCCAUUUCACUGAUGAAGCAGAGGCAGUAACUUGCCCAAAGUUGCCUUAGUAAGUCUAUGCUGACCAGGGAAUAGAUCUUAAUACCGUUGGUUAUUCUAUGCCCCAAGUCCAACAGAGUCCUCCUCUGCCUGAAAUAAAACAGUACCAUCGUAAGCUCAGUUUUCUUUUACCCUGGUAUUUGAUAUUUUAAAUUGUUUCUGUUCUGUGUUCUAUACUAGUAUAAUUUAAAGUGAAAUUAAGACAGCCAUAAAAUAGGCUUUUCCUGCAUUUUGUUUGAAGCUUCUUUGCAUUGUUACUGUCUUGUUGAUUUGUUCUGUUUUCUGUGAACACUGCUAUGGAAACAAGCCAGAGAGAGUAGCCGUUGUAGAUGCGUAAUAUCCUUCACUUUCAGGUGACUGGUCUGAAUUUAGUUCACAUUGCUACUGGUCAAAAGCUGCUGCCAUUGGAAAACUCUGAGGAAUUGUCAUUAUGUGAGGAAUUGAAUAUAAAGAUGUCAUCCCAGAUCUGUAUUGUUUGCCACUCAAUGUAGAGAAGCAAAGACAGUAAUGCAAUAAAGAAUAUUCAUGCACAAA